UUAGUGCAGAAUUCUGCUGGAGCAGCACUAUUAACUGCUGUGUUUUGGAAAAAACAUGUUUUUCCAUGACAGUAUCCCUUUAAAUAUCCCCUUUAAAAAGAUAGGAUAAAUGCAAUACCAAUUUCAGUAAUACCAUGAGAACAUACAUUAGGAUACAUGAAGUGCUAAUGUGACAUACUGCAUAAGAGCCUCAGGGAAUAUGUUAAGUUAAACACAAAACUAAUGUCAUGUACAAAACCCUCAGCACAUAUAUCAGCAAAAUGCACUAAUUUGAUGCUACACCUGAACUAUCACAAAAUAAUAAAAAGUAAAAAAAGAAAAACACUACAAUUCAUUAAAAAUAAACCUUUUUUUAAAAAAAAAAAGAAAUGAGAUAGUUCACGUGCAAGGGUGAUAGGGAUGGGGCUAAAGCAUUUGCUGUAAGUGACCUGCAGCCCUCAGAAUGUAUAUAUUACCAUGUCAAGAGUACAAUGAAUUUUGCUGCAAAUAUUCCCAAUGAGAUAGGAGUAAAUAUUCCAGCUCCUUCUUACCGGUAUCAUUUCAACUAAUGCUUUCAGCCAGUAAAGUUCACACAGCCCCUCCUAUUUCCGCUCCUAAUUGGUACAUGUUACUGUCUGUAAAGACAGCUGCGCUCUGAUUGGAUAAGAUGCUGACAGAAAUAGCUAGAGUGCAGCUGAUCUCUACAGCAUUCACAGUCUGAAGGCAGAACCGAGGCUUCCCAUCCUGUUUAAAGGACCGGCACAGUCAGCAAGGGAGCAGUGCCUUGUGGCUACCUGCAUCAGUGUGAAAACCCAAAGAAGACAUGGACACUGAGUAUGUAGUCAACAUAUCUAAAACAACAGAUACUUUACUAGAUAAAGCACAGGAGCAGACAACGAAAGAAAAUGAAAAAAAUAAACAGGAACAAGUAAUCGGUCCAAUCAGCAUUUUCCAAUUUGCAGACUGGCUGGAUAUUUUCUUAAUGAUUAUUGGAACGUUGGGCGCAAUUGGAUGUGGUUCCUGUUACCCUCUCCUGAAUGUUGUGUUUGGGGAAAUGUCUGACAGCUUCCUGUGCCACAACUCAUCUCUUCAGAACUCCUCGGUAUGUGCGAAGUUUAAACCAAUAGAAGAAGAAAUUCAAAUAUUUUCGCUGUACUAUGCUGGACUAGGGUUUAUAGUUUUAGUCUGUGGAUAUCUCCAGGUCUCCUGCUGGGUUGUAGCUGCUUCCAGACAGACAAGAAAAAUGAGGAAAGCUUUUUUUCAUUCUGUGUUGUCUCAAGAGAUUGGUUGGUUUGAUGUCACAAAAUCUGGAGAUCUUAACACCCGACUCACUGAAAACAUCAAUAAAAUAAAUGAUGGAAUAGGAGAUAAAGUUGGACAUUUUUUUCAAAAUAUCACAAUCUGUGUAUCUGGCAUUUUAAUUGGAUUAAUCAUGGGGUGGAAGCUUGCUCUUGUCAUCUUGGCUACUAGCCCAGUUGUAGCAUUGUCAUCAGCAAUGUUCGCAAGGAUAAUGGCUUCCCUGACCACUAUGGAACUCACAGCCUAUGCAAAAGCAGGUGCAGUGGCCCAAGAAGUACUUUCGUCAAUAAGGACUGUUGUAGCAUUUGGAGGACAGGAAAAAGAAAUUAAAAGAUACACAGUGAACUUGAGAGAGGCCAAAGACAUUGGUAUAAAAAAGUCAAUUGCAUCUCAGUUUUCCCUUGGAUUAGUAAAUGGUGCCUUUUAUGUUACUUAUGGAGUUGGAUUUUGGUAUGGCACGACCUUAAUUUUAGAGGAUGAUGCUUACACAAUUGGAGCUGUCAUGGCAGUGUUCUUCAAUGUGACUUACAGCAGUUAUUGCAUUGGCCAAGCAGCAUCUCACUUUGAAGCCUUUAAUGUUGCAAGGGGUGCUGCUUAUAGUAUCUUUAAAGUGAUCAAACAGUCUUCUUCAAUCAACAGCUUCUCAAAUGAAGGAUUUAAACCAGAUAACAUAAAAGGAAAUAUUGAAUUAAAAGACAUUCACUUUUCCUACCCUUCAAGACCAGAUGUUAAGGUUUUAAAUGGACUUAAUCUGAGUAUAAAAUCUGGACAGACGGUGGCCUUGGUUGGGCAAAGUGGAUGCGGAAAGAGCACAAUAGUCCAGCUCCUACAGAGACUGUAUGAUCCACAAGUUGGAACAUUGACUGUGGAUGGACAUGACAUCAAAUCUCUGAAUGUGAGACAUUACAGAGAGUUAAUAGGAGUGGUCAGCCAAGAACCUGUCUUGUUUGGGACAACCAUUAAACAGAACAUUAAAUAUGGAAGAGAAGAUGCUACAGAUGAAGAAAUUGAAAAAGCUGUUAAGGAAGCAAAUGCCUACAACUUCAUUAUGGCCCUGCCAGACAAAUAUGAAACACUGGUUGGAGAAAGAGGGGCACAGCUGAGCGGUGGGCAGAAACAACGUAUAGCAGUUGCCAGGGCCUUGGUGAGAAACCCGAAAAUUCUUCUUCUGGAUGAAGCCACCUCUGCUUUGGAUACAGGAAGUGAAGCUGUUGUUCAGGCUGCUUUAGAUAAGGCAAGCAAAGGCCGGACCACAAUUGUCGUUGCUCAUCGUCUAAGUACAAUAUGGACAGCCAAUGUUAUAGUUGUGAUUGAAAAUGGUGCUGUGGCUGAGCAAGGAACUCAUACUGAGCUGAUGGAGAAAAGGGGCAUAUACUACUCCCUUGCAACAGCUCAGACUAUACAGAGUUCUGAGAAUAAUGAAAUUAUUGAAACAAAACAAAAUGGAACCUAUGAAAAGGCUUCCCUGAUACAGCGGUUUAAUUCCCAAACAUCCUUGAAAAGUAAAAUACUGGAAGGAGAAGAAGAUAAAGAACAAAUGCCUGCGAAAGAUCUUCCCGCUGUGUCCUUUUUCCAGCUUAUGAAUCUAAACAGAUCAGAGUGGCCUUAUAUCCUACUUGGAAUCAUUGCUGCAGGGGUUAUUGGAGCAGUACUUCCAUUGUUUUGUAUAUAUUAUGCCAGAAUUAUAGCUGUUUUUGCAUCAAACGAUUCAGAAAAAAUCAGGAGAGAAAGUAACAUUUGCUCAUUUAUAUUUGGACUCGGUGGCGUGGUCAUUUUACUUGCGUACGUUGUACGGGGUUACAUGUUUGGGAGAUCGGGAGAAACCCUGACAAUGCGAUUGAGACAUAUGGCCUUCAAAUCAAUGAUGCAACAGGACAUUGCCUGGUUUGAUGACAAGGACAACAGUACAGGAGCACUGACAACAAGACUUGCAACAGAUGCUUCCGAGAUUCAGACUGCUACAGGCUACAGACUCGGUUUCCUGACAGAAAAUGUGAUUGGUGUUAUAUUGACUGUUAUUAUUGCUUUUGUGUAUGGAUGGGAAUUGGCACUGCUGGGUCUGGCACUGGCCCCCUUUAUGGUCAUCUGUGGAAUGUUGGAGUAUUCUACGCUCACUGGCUUUGCCACGCGGGAUAAGAAGCAGCUGCAGAAGUCUGGAAAGAUUGCAACAGAAGCUGUGGAUAAUAUUCGCACUCUUGUCUCAUUAGUCAGGGAAAGGACCUUUGAAGAGAUGUAUUCUGAAAGUUUACAGAAACCCUACAGGAAUGCCCAGCGUAAAUCACAGAUAUACGGACUGUACUUUGCAGUUGGUCAGUCAUUCAUGUAUUUCACCCACGCAGUACUUUUCUGCCUUGGGGCGUAUUUGAUCAGAAUUGAACGGAUGAAUGUAGAGGAAACAAUCCUUGUAUUUACUGUCAUAGCAUUUGGAGCCCUAACUCUGGGAAGCACAUUCACCUUUGCACCUGACUACGCUAAAGCCGCGUCUGCCGCCAGAUAUCUUUUUGCCUUGUUUGAAAUGAAACCCACAAUAGACAGCUUCAGCCAGCAGGGGCAGAAACCAGAUCACUUCUCUGGAUCUUUAGAAUUCCGUAAUGUUUCAUUCAAGUAUCCAACUCGUUCAGAUGUUGCAGUGCUCAAAGAUUUAUGCGUUAAAGUAGAAAGUGGGCAAACGGUGGCAUUUGUUGGUAGCAGUGGAUGUGGGAAGAGCACUUCUGUUCAGCUCCUACAGAGAUUCUAUGACCCGCAGGAAGGAGAAGUGCUGUUUGAUCAUGUGGAUGCCAAAUGCUUCAAUGUCCAGUGGCUCCGUUCUCAAAUGGGAAUUGUGUCCCAAGAGCCUGUCCUGUUUGACUGCAGCAUUGCUGAAAAUAUCGCCUAUGGAGACAACUCCCGCACUGUGUCUAUGGAUGAGAUACAAAGUGCAGCCAAAGCGGCAAAUAUCCACUCAUUCAUAGAAGGACUUCCUCAGAAAUAUGACACUCGGGUUGGAGGAAAGGGAAGCCAACUCUCUGGAGGACAGAAGCAAAGGAUAGCCAUUGCCAGAGCACUCAUCAGGGCACCGAAAAUUCUACUUCUGGACGAAGCCACUUCUGCACUAGACAAUGAGAGUGAAAAGGUUGUACAGCAAGCCCUUGAUCAGGCCAGGGAGGGAAGGACCUGCAUCCUCAUUGCACACAGACUGACCACCGUACAGAAUGCUGACAUUAUUGUGGUUAUGAACAAAGGAAAGAUCAUGGAACAUGGAAGCCACCAAGAGCUGCUCGCCCAACGUGGUGCCUAUUAUGAUCUAGUCAAUGCCCAAACUAUAAUCUAAUAUUUUAUUAGUAGGACCAUAAGGGGCACAUUUAUUAAAAAGGAGUGUAAAUUUCACAAUGGAGAAAAACAAAUUGUGACUGCCAGCAACCUACAACUUUUCCGAUCAGUCGCGAUUGUUAUUAUUGUCAUUUUGCACAUACUUAUGAAAAAUAGUAAAUGGCAAAAAUCACCAUCAUAUAAGCAAUGGCAAGUUGAUAAAUUGGGAAUGGCACAGAAUCGCUUUUGCGGAAGAUACCCUUCCCAUUGACUUCUAUGGCACCUCAACGGGUUUAAGGUGAUGUCAUUUAGGUUUAUUAAUUGUUUCUAAGAAAUAGCACAAUAUUUUAGGCACAAAAUGAAAAUCAAACAGGUAUUUAACUGCACUAGACCAAUCAAAGUCAGUUUUUGCCCCAAAUACUUUAGCUGCAUACCCCUGCACCUGUGACAAUGUUAUCCAUAUGUUAGAAAAUCCAUAUCCAACAACCAGCAACACCGGGAUUUUUCGUGAUCAAAUUAUUAUUAUAUGUAUAACUGACGUGACAUUUGGUCCCAAUGGGGACCUUUCUCAAGCCAAAAAAAGGCCUUGAGAAAGGUCCCAAUGGGGCCCGAAACAACACGUCGGAUAUACAUAUAAUAAUAAUUUGAUCACGAAAAAUCCCGGUGUUGCUGGUCGUCUUUUACAUAUGGAUUUUCUCAACAGGUUUAAGGUGAUGUCAUUUAGGUUUUUUAAUUGUUAGCACAAUAUUUUAGGCACAAAAUGAAAAUCAAACAGGUAUUUAACUGCAUUAGACCAAUCAAAGUCAGUUUUUGCAGACCCCUGCACCUGUGACAAUGUUAUUUGUUGUACAGGUUUCAUAUGAGCUCUGUGCCUCUGCAUUGAAAUAAUGUGACUUCUCACUCAAAAUCCAUUUCUGAGUGGUUGCUUUCAGUUACAUUUCUGUGUUUUAAAUGAUCCCUAUUGUGUUUGGGGCUGUGCUAAUCUAC